GAUGAGGGCGGGGUCCUGCCCUCCUUCCGCUUCGGACUCCCGGUUGCUAGGCUCCCAGCGUUGGAGCAGAAAGCUCCCGCAGGAGAGAGCUGAGGGUCUGGGCCUGCCGAGGAGCGGAGGCGGGAAGUAGCCGAGGAGGGGCCUUCACUGCCGACCCCUGACCUUUCCUUUUCAACUGCUCUGAGGCGACCCUGCGCGAGGCCGGAAGCCGGUUCCUUUCCCUUUUCUGUGGCGUCCUGGUGUCGGGCAUUUCUUGUCAGCGUAAGCUAAGCAUGGGGCCAGCGAGGGUCCCGGUGAGUCUGGAGGACCAGGCGAGGGGAUGCGCGGAGCGCCGGGACUGCUCAGGCAGAGGUUGCAGCUGGGUGCGGUGCUACUGACUUGCCUACAUUCUAUGCGGCAGUGACAUGUUUCCGGCGUUGGAAACAGAGCUAAAGCAGGAGACUCUUCCUGAUCCCUAUGAGGAUUUUAUGUGCCAUCACCUCCAGUAUUAUGGAUACUUUAAAGCUCAGAAAAGCAAUCUACCAAACUCUGCUACCCAUCAGCGUGCUUGGAAGACGAGCCCUCGGUACAAGUUGAAUGGCUCUUUUGGAGAAAGAGAUGAUUUCAUGUCAGACACGCUGGAAAAAGAGGCGUUUCUAUGGCCUACCUGUUUAUCUUCAACUGCGCAUGCUCAGAUAGACACUGGACCCAGAGCAGAUUCCCUUAUGCUAAGCUCCCCACUCCUGAGGAGCAGGCAGCUUCUUUACGAUGACCUGGAUGAAGUAAAGCCACGCCUUCGAGAACCCCGAGAGCUCUUCUCGUUCAUCUCUAGCCGAGGGCCCCUGCAGCUUCCAAGAUGGCCAGUAGAGUGUGAGGUCAUCAAGGAAAACAUUCACCACAUUGAGUGGGUUCCACCUGAGCCGGAGUAUUUCUACCAACCUACGGGACAUGAAAGGCUACCAGAGGUUGUGGGAGAAGAGCGAGGCACAGUUGUCUACCAGCUGGAUUCAGUGCCCACGGAAGGUACCUAUUUCACAAAUUCCAGAGUAGGAGGCAAACGAGGAGUUAUCAAGGAACUCGCCGUUCCGUUACAAGGGCCGGAAGAUAGUACCCUGCUGUUCGAGUCCCGGUUUGAGAGUGGGAAUCUGCAGAAAGCUGUCAGAGUAGGCAUCUUUGAGUAUGAGCUCACGCUGCGAACUGACCUCUACACAGACAAACACACUCAGUGGUUUUACUUUAGAGUUCAGAACACCAGAAAGGACAUCACCUAUCGCUUCACUAUUGUCAACUUGCUGAAACCCAAGAGCCUUUAUGCAGAAGGGAUGAAACCUCUUAUGUACUCUCAGUUGGAUGCCGCCACCUACAACAUUGGCUGGAGGAGAGAAGGUCAUGAAAUCAAGUACUAUAAGAACAACGUGGACGACAGGCAGCAGCCGUUAUAUUGUCUCACCUGGACCGUUCAGUUUCCUCAUGACCAGGACACUUGCUUCUUUGCACACUUUUACCCAUACACUUAUACUGACUUGCAGUACUAUCUCUUGUCAGUAGCAAACAACCCCAUCCAGUCUCAGUUCUGCAAGCUGCGAGCUUUGUGCAGGAGCCUAGCAGGGAAUACAGUCUACUUGCUUACCAUCACCAACCCAUCCGGGGACCCUCGAGCGGCGGCUGCAAAGAAAGCUGUGGUGCUGAGCGCCAGAGUUCACCCUGGAGAAAGUAACAGCUCCUGGAUCAUGAGAGGCUUUUUGGACUUCAUCCUUAGCAACAGCCCAGAUGCCCAGCUGCUCAGGGACAUCUUUGUCUUCAAAGUGAUUCCCAUGUUAAAUCCAGAUGGUGUGAUUGUGGGGAAUUACCGGUGCUCGUUAGCUGGAAGGGACCUGAACAGGCAUUAUAAGACUAUUCUUAAGGAUUCUUUCCCUUGCAUUUGGCACACCAAGACCAUGAUCAAAAGACUUCUGGAGGAAAGAGAGGUUCUCUUGUAUUGUGACUUCCACGGGCACAGCCGCAAGAACAACAUUUUCCUGUACGGCUGUAACAGCAACAGCCGCAAGCACUGGCUGCACGAGCGAGUCUUCCCUUUAAUGUUGAGCAAGAAUGCACCAGACAAGUUCUCUUUCGACAGCUGUAACUUUAAGGUGCAAAAAUGCAAAGAAGGAACAGGAAGAGUCGUCAUGUGGCGGAUGGGCAUCACCAACAGCUACACCAUAGAGUCCACCUUUGGUGGGUCCACCCUGGGUAGUAAAAGAGAUACUCACUUCACUAUUGAAGAUCUGAAGUCCCUAGGCUAUCAUGUCUGUGACACGCUUCUGGAUUUCUGUGAUCCUGACCAAACCAAGUACAUGCAUUGUCUACAAGAGCUUAAGGAUCUCUUACAACAAGAAAUCUACAAAAAGUUCAAUAACUUUGGACAAGAUAUGGAUUUAGAAGUAAACUGGAGUGAUAUUCCUUUGUCUGACAUUGAAACCAGCACGAGUGGUUCCGACAGCUCCCUCUCGGAUGGUCUUCCUGUUCAUCUACUAGGCAUAGCAGAUGAGCUGAAUCAGAAGAUGGUGUUAAAGAAACCAAAAAAGAAGAGACUCCAGACUAGAAAACAGCGAAAUGAGCAGUACCAGAAAAGUUAUUUGAUGCGGGAGUUAAAGUUAACAGAAGAUGCCCCAGGAAGGCCAAGAUUUGCUUCUACUCUGCACAAGAAAUCUACUUUUUUGAAAAGUCCACAGAAUUCUAGUUCUUCAAUAAUGAGAAGUGAAAAGCCAAGGCUCAAUGAGACACAGUUAAGUGGAAGAAACAAAGACACCUCCGUGGAUCCAACAAUGAGCAGCCUGGUUCUACCUAAGAGUAAAGAAAAAAUUCAGAUUUGCCUGUCCUGGACUUUCUUUGUAGACCAGGUUGACCUGGAACUCACAGAAUCUGCCUGCCUCUGCUCCCCAAGAGCUGGGAUUACAGAGCAAGAAGCCAGGCUUCCCAGCAUCAUGCUCUCCAAAGAGAAGCACAAACUCCAGCCUAGGGCCAGCUCCAGAUGUGAAACCAAACUGGUCUAGGACUAGAUGCCCUGCCGCAAGGAAGGACCAUGCCACUAUGGUGGUACACCCAUCCUUGCACGUAUACUCAUUCCCAUAGGUGUGCUUUUGCCAUGACACACAGGUGUUUCCUCCAGAGGUUCUGGGGAAGCUUAUUGGUUUGGUUUGGUUUUGUAUGCAAUGCUGGGGACCAAAUCUGUGGCACUGAGCACACUGCGCAAGCGCUUUACCUUGAGCUCUGUCUCAAGCUCUCUUGAAAAGGUUGUGGAUUGUACUUUCUAAGGUGGAAAUCUGUGACUGGAAUGGAAAUGUUUAUGAUGUAGCGUGUCGUACGCGCCCCACACACUGACUUGGACUCUACUUCCUUCCACUCUGCACAUAUUCUCAGAUGCAUACCUCAUGAAUUCAGUAAUUUUUCCCUAAAAUGACAUUAUAUUUUGAUGUAUCGAAAAGCCUUCAUUGAAAGCUGAAGCAUGUAUUUCAGCACAGUAUACCUCAUUUUAACCAAUCUCUAAAGUUAGAUACAAAUCAGUUUUUAAAAGAUCAAACCAUUUUAAACAUGUCUUGGGAAUGUGCCAUGUGAAAAGUCCUGUGCCAAAGUUUCCAAAUGGUGAAUUACCAGUCAGAUUGUGGUGUGACAAGUUUGCCCAAAGGGAGAUAUUCUUACAUAGAAAAAAAAGUUACAUGUGAAUUUCAUGUUCCAUAUAUUAUGUUCAACAAGGUUAUGUAAAUUUUUAAUUCAAUAAUUAAAAAUUGUUCUCUUGA